UAUGAUCAGGGCUCCAUGUCAGCCACACCAGGCAGCACUGACCUGCCCGAGCGCUGUGCAUAGCCAGAGAAAUGACCUUAACGGAACAGAGCUUUCAGGAGUCUCCUCCACACCCUUCUGACGCAGCCAAGGCAGACAUGGAUGUCUCAGGAGGGAAGGAGAAGGCUGUGCACCUCUCCACGGCAAGGACUGGAGUGCUGGUGCCCAAGCAGCGAGCAACAGGAAGGCUGAUCAUGCACAGCAUGGCGAUGUUCGGAAGGGAGUUCUGCUACGCUGUGGAGGCUGCCUUUGUCACGCCAGUGCUGCUCAGUGUAGGGCUGCCCAAGAACCUGUACAGCCUGGUGUGGCUCAUCAGCCCCAUCCUGGGCUUUGUGCUGCAGCCCGUGGUAGGUUCUGCCAGUGAUCACUGCACCUGUAGCUGGGGCAGGAGGCGACCUUACAUUCUGGGUCUGGGCAUCAUAAUGCUGGUAGGCAUGACUUUGUACCUCAAUGGGGACGAGAUGAUCUCAGCUUUCAUCGGUGAAAGAGACAAGCGGCGGACAUGGGCAAUAGUCAUUACCAUGCUGGGAGUAGUGCUUUUUGAUUUUGCAGCUGACUUUAUUGAUGGCCCCAUCAAAGCAUAUUUAUUUGAUGUCUGCUCUCAUCAAGAUAAAGAGAAGGGUCUGCAUUAUCAUGCCCUAUUUACAGGCUUAGGAGGAGCGCUGGGCUACCUGACAGGUGCUGUGGACUGGGGUGAAACUGUACUAGGAUACACCUUGACGUCAGAAUUCCAGGUGAUUUUCCUCUUGUCAGCCUUGGUUUUCCUCAUCUGCCUUAUUGUACAUCUACGCAGUAUUCCUGAAGUCCCACUCAGAUAUGACAAUGAAGAGACAAAGCUCUUGUUGGAAGUGACUGAGCCCUAUAAGUACAGCUCCAUAGAGGAAAUCAAGAAAGGAUACUUAUCAUGUACUGACUUAAAUGCUACAAGUAAGCCGAAGAAAGGUACUGACACAUCGUGCACAGAGGCUCAAAGGCGGAUGACACUUAAAUCACUCUUGAAGACUCUUUUAAGCAUGCCAUCCCAUUAUCGCUAUCUGUGUGUGAGCCACCUCUUUGGAUGGAUGGCUUUCCUGUCCAACAUGCUCUUCUUCACGGAUUUCAUGGGACAGGUUGUGUACCAGGGUAGUCCUUAUGCUUCUCAUAACUCCACACUUUACCAUACCUACAGAAGAGGAGUGGAGGUUGGAUGCUGGGGGUUGUGCAUCAAUGCAAUUGCAUCUUCAGCCUAUUCUUACCUGCAGAAAGCCCUUCUGCCAUACAUGGGAUUAAAGGGACUUUAUUUCAUUGGAUACCUACUUUUUGGACUAGGCACUGGGUUGAUUGGCUUGUUUCCCAAUGUCUAUUCCACUUUGGUUCUAUGUUCACUUUUUGGAGUCAUGUCCAGUACUCUGUAUACUGUGCCGUUCCAGCUCAUUGCAGAGUAUCACAAGGAAGAAGAGGACCUGAAUCUGCAGCAGAAAGAACAAGGCAUGGAGCACGGGAGAGGCAAGGGCAUUGACUGUGCUGCUCUCACCUGCAUGGUUCAGCUGGCACAGAUCAUUCUUGGUGUGGGCCUUGGUCUCUUGGUCAGUGUUGCUGGCAGUGCAGUCACUGUGAUUUCAGCAUCAAUGGUGGCACUGGUUGGCUGCUGCUUUGUUGCUUUUUGUGUUCGAUAUGUGAGGUAAGACUGUGUGAAACAAUUGGAAGAAAAAAACCCAGAAGAUCAGCACUGUUGCCAUGCUGGUACUGCUGGUACCUCCUCCUCCCUUACCUGCUUGGAGCAGCUGCAAUUACGGAGCAUCACUUAACCACAAAGUGCAGACUUGAUGAAAUUGGUUGCCUAAUGCCUCAGGUAGAAAGCUUCUCCAUUCUGAGUGCUUUACUACUGCCUUCCUGCUGACCUCAGUGCAUGGACAUGCUAUUACACUUGAAGACACAUCUGCCUGUGGUAUGUUGAUACCCUACAUGAGGAGUCAUCGUGAAACUCAUUAUCAGUUUGUGGAAGAGAAUAGAUGAAGUAUGUGUUGAAUUGAAGAAGUUGAUUGAACAGAGCUAAGAUUAAACUUUUUUUUUCUUCUCAUUUUUAUCUUAGUUUUGGGGAUAUUCCUUUUGAUGGUCUAAAGCUGCAGGAGCAUCAAGCAGGUGUCAGAGGUCAUGUGCCAUCAUGUUGUAUGGUUAGUAUGUAGGUCACUCCAAAAGUAAUGCCUCCUAUUUAUUUCCACAAAAGCUAUGACAGAUUCAAAGAGACAAUUACACUUUUCGAUAGAGCAAAUUCUCACCUGCAAAAUGCCACCAUUAGCUAUGUAUCUUUGCCAGUGAUGGAAGAAAGCCUGCAUUCAUCAGUGGAGAUGACCCACUGUCGCACCACCCACCACCAUGCCAAUAUCCACUCUUUUACCUCCGCAAACAUUCAGCAAGUGUUGGUGAAUAUCAAUGGGUGAUGUUUUUUCACACGAAAGAAUUCAGUGACACACCUUUGCUUCAUCUGCGCUUCCAUGUCAGAUGCCAUUUAGUUAAAAUGCCCCUCUGCUGCCAUCUGUUGCAACUAAAUGUAAUACAAUAUGGUGGGAAAGUUCAGCCUCUGCUGCCAGAGCACCAACACCCACCUCUGACAUUGUGAGCCAAUACAAUAAAAUAGAAGGCAUUACUUUUGAAGCAGCCCUCAUGCUACUGUUAAAGGGGAUAAGUUACCUCUCUGCUGCCAUGAAAUCCUGUUCGGGCAUGGAAGGUGGCUGGAGUGUAAAAAAAGUUGAAGCUUAUUGCUUAAAAAUAUAUCUGUAAAGUUAUUGUUUUAUUGUGUCCUGCUGUUUGUGUAUAAUUGAAAUGACAGCACCGACCGAGCUUGUCAUUAAAGUCUGCCUAAGGCUGCUCUGCAAAUCUUUGUUUAGGUACCUACACAAUCGAUCUACAGGAAACACCUGCCAUUCCUUCUCUCUUAAAACUCUAGCUUCAUGACUUCAUUUAUAAAUGAAAAAAUAAACUUGGCACACAAAAAAUUACGUCCAUAGUGGUACACCACUCAAAUCUUGACACUGAAUUUUACAAUAUUCAGUUUAUCUUAUUUCUCUAUUUUCCAUGCAUAUGCAUUUCCAUACGUAUAGCUUUGAUUUAUUUUUGUUCUUUACAGACUACUGUAAAUUAAUUGAGUUCUGCGAAGUCCAUCAUGAAUUAUGUACAAAAAUACCUCUAACUUCUACCAUAAAUCCUGAAAUCUCCUUAUUUGUAUUUAAUUGAGUACUGAGCUUCAUACCUAUGAAGUUUCUGAGUGCUGUCUGUGAAAAUGGUAUGCUAUACUUAAGCUGCGCUUCCUCCAUUCUGGAGGUUGUCAUACCCAUUUGCUACUCCUCAUGAAGAUGUCCACUAAUGCAAUACUGUUAAUGAAUAGCAGUACAGAGAAAAACUGUUGCCAGCUAGGAUUUUGUGUUUCUUUGUUUGUUUUUAAGCACAUGUUGCACAUGUACGAUCAACACCAUCAUCUCAGAGCUGAUUAGCUCUUGGAACAGGGACAUACAGAGUAGAGAGGCACCGCUACGUACAAGUGGUUGGAUUUGAGGGAGAGAAGAAGCCUUUGCACAGGUUCACCAACUGCAACCUUGUUUUUGUUUUCAAAACCAGGGUAGAGCCUUUUAUUCUCAGGAAAAAAAAUACAAUUUCUCUUACAUAAAUUUAUAAAAAUUAUAUAUAUAAUAUAUAUGCUUAUAUAUUAUGUAUAUAAUAACAACCCUGUGGAAACCUCAGUUGCAUUCUCUUGGUGGUUGUAUCUCCAUUGCAGGCCCCAAGUGGGGCUCAGUUCAUGGCAGACCUUGCUUUUCUUCACAGCUCCUUCAUUGUGCCUUGUGAAGAAUCUGCGGUCCAUGGCUUUUUCUGCCUGGAGGUUCCUCAUUAAUCACUCUCAUGUUACACCCACAGAAUAGAAGAGAUUGAAAGAGUGGGGCAUGGGGCUGUGCUUGGAACAUUCUGUGGGUAUUUUGCGGGCACUGGGAUGACUGGAACACAAGGGCGCAACCAGGACAAAAAACAGAAGAAAGACAGAAAAUGAAGGAUGGUUUUAAUCUCAAUUCACUUAUUGUCAUCAUUAUUUUCCACUGAUGCACUAUCUCCCUGGGGAGGAAAUUUUAAGCAAAGAGAAAGGCUAAAAACGGGGAAAGGAGGAGAUGUUCAGGACUACCAAACUCAAAAGCAGCAUGUAGGCCCAUCUUCUAAGAGCUGAGGACGAGUUACUAUGUAAUGCUCAAUUUCUAGAAAAGAACUUGGCAGCAUUUAUUUACGUCUUUGUCAAUAUUUUCCUUGAGGCUUAGUGCAAUCAGAACAUUGAAAUUCAAAUAGCUGUUGCUAUUUCUGCUCUCUUGUACAAAACAAAAGCUGGCACUGAUUCAAAUCCAGACUGACUGAGAUCUGUAGCAACAUCAAAAUCGCGAACCUGAAAGAAGAAGGGAGAUGUCAUUAAUUUAUAAAUCAAUUCUUUUAUUUACAAAUUUGCUCGGAGAAUACUGUUCCAAACAUUCAUAUCAUCAUUCUCAUUAUCUUUUCUUUUAAAAUGAAUUGCAAUCUAUAGAACACACAACAGAGUAGAUUCAGUUUUUCUUCGAAAUUUGUCCUAUAUUUGAUUCUAAGACUUAAAGUUACAUCCAUCUUAAUGUGUCUUUGUCAGAAGGCAAGAGAACAACAAAAGAAGUGCAAUUUCAACAACACUAUUUAAAACUGAAGAUUUAUGAAGGUGCUCAUUCUAAAGCCAAAAAUACUUUUCAUAUUUCACUGAAAAUAAUUUAAAAUGUUGCAAAUUCAUGAGAAGGGAGAAAACAGGUAUUUUUUUCAGCACUUGAAAUAUAUUAUAGGCACUGAAGAACUUCACUGUGAUGCUAUUACGUCAAGAAGUUCCACCUUUUCAAUCUCUUUCUGCAUUAGUUCAGGACUUGAAAUGAAUUAUCAGUAUAUUCAGUUAAGGCAUACAAUAUCAGCUUUUAUUGCAGUAACAUGAGUUUUGAAGUUAAAUGGGACACACCUGAUCUUUGUAGUUUUGUUUCCAUAUACAUAUAAUCAAAUAAAGGUCCAUUUUGUGUUUAGACAAAUGAUGCACCUAGAUGAAGAUGCAGAUAUUUUGCAAUAAUCAAUCCCUCCUCCCUCCCACUUUAACAGAAUUGGUUGUGGUUUAAUGAAAAGGGGCAGGAGACAAUGCCAUCUUCCCACCUUUUUCAUUUUUCUUUCUCUUAGAAGUGCUUUUCAUUUAUUCCAAUUUAAUAAACUGGCUUGUUACAUAACUGAAAUGUUAGAGGAAGUUUUGAUUCUCUUCAAAGAGUAUCCACAGUAUUAGUUAUGUCACAGUUUCUUUUUUUUUUUUUUUCUUUCCCCAGUUUUCAUCUUUUCUCAGUGAUUUCAAUAGAUGUCUCUGACUUUUGAACUAGCAAAAAAGGGGUUUAUGGGUGACAAUUUCUCAGUCAUGAAUCAUUAAUAUCUUCACUUGGUAAAAUUCACAGUUUCAGCACUGGUGUCUGCAACCUGCUACCAGCCCCUACAAUAUGUUAAAAGAUAGGGAGAAAGCAGCAUAACUAUGUGUGGCAAUGAUGUUUGAUAAUUCUGGACUAAAAAAUGAGUUACUUCAUGCAGGAAGAAGGUGAAAGUAUCUGUGAUGAAGUGUGUUCAAAUUACUUUUGUCAUGAUAAAGCUGUAUGAACAUUAUGUACAAACCUUUCCCCUGUAAGUUUCCAGCAUUCAUUUCUCAUUCCAUACCUGCUCCUUCUUUUGUUCAUUUAAGCAAUGUUUGAAGCUACUUGAG